AUGCCCGUCGUCCUCAUUGUCAAUGACAAUGCUUCCUUUGCUUCAAGUGAUACAUUCUCAACACAGCAUUCGACAGAGAAACCGCGACGCCAAUUAAGUCGACGAAACACAGUUUCCCAGCUCACAAGAAAGGUAUCUAAACGGAUAUCUCAGUCGAUUCUUGGAGGGGUCACGCAGCAUGAACUGAGUGAAAAAAAUCUGAAAAGCCUAGAUUGCGCGCCUGCUUUGGAUCCACACAGUCCACACUCACCAGAUCAUCAAUUCCAUCAUGUCACAUUGUACGACCCUAUUCGUGAAGACAUCGAGGAGGAAUGCCCCAGUAUCAAUGUGGAAGCGCAAAGAGAAGCACGGCUCUACGACUCCUACGCUGCCUUCUGUGAGAAGUUCACGAUGUCUGGGACAACAACAAGAAUGAGCCGGCAAUUUGACCUGUCUAUGGGAACCGACAGGGAGGAAAACAACGCGCCCCCUCAAACAGAACCGACGCCCAAGGACAACGGGACGUUAGAGUCCCUGCAUUCACCUACAUAUAUGUAUCCUGAGUACAUAACGGUCUAUUCAGAGCCUGGGCCUACCUCAGUCGCAUUUCCAAUAUCAUGUUCCCCUACCAAUCGAGACACGCCCACAUUCCAAUCGACAGGUCUCAAGGGAAAGUCUCACGAAUGUUCACGACCAGAUACUCCAAUCUACGAAGACAAACUCACCAAACAAAAUCCAAUGCACGAGACAGCCCGCCUCAGUUAUCCCCGCCCACCGCCUCAGAUCAUCACGCCAGAUGUCUACAUGAACAUGCAGCGUGAAGAACGCGAGCGCAAAGCCGCUCGACGCCAAAGACUCCUGAAUCCAUUUCGCUCGUGGUUUCUGAACAGUCGAACCUCGUGGACGCAGAGGUAUGAAGUUGUCGAAUAA